AUGUCCGCCCAAGACCAGAUCCGACAGAACGAGGCUUCUAUCAACUCUUACGGCGCCAAGACUGGUAACGUCCGUCAGUCCGACUCGACCCUCGAGUCUGGUGUCAACGAGAACGUCACCUCUGAAUUCCCCGGCGCUACCGUGCAGGUCGGCGGUACCGGACGAGGCAACAACCCCACUAUCCCCGAUGAGGAAGGAGGUGGUUUGAACCCCGCCACUGGACACCAAACCAAGGCCAGCGACUUUGAGGGUACCGGCGGUCCCGAGGAGAAGCAAGAACAGACUGCGUACCAGAGGCCCGGUGACCAGAAUGUGAUCAACUUCAAGGAGCAGGGUCAGUAG